GAUUACAAAAGGUGCUACCCAAGGUAAUCAGGGAUCAGCAGAUGGCGUUUAUAGAGGGGAGACAACUUGUGGAUGGAGUUGUGAUUGCAAAUGAGAUUAUAGAUGAAGUUAAAAGAAGGAAGAAAAGAUGCCUCCUCUUCAAAGUUGACUUUGAGAAAGCAUAUGAUAAGAGAAGAUGGAUACAUGAAUGCCUAUCGUCAAGCUCGGUUUCUGUUCUCAUAAAUGGAAGUCCGACGAAACAGUUCCCGGUCAGCAAAGGCAUACGACAAGGUGACCCAUUGUCCCCUUUUCUAUUCUUGAUCGUUGCAGAGGGGUUGAGUGGACUAGUGUCCUCUGUAGUGGAGAAAAAAUUGUACAAGGGUGUCACGGUAGGUUUGAAGAUCAAUUUCGCGAAGAGCCAAUUGAUGGGGGUGGGGAUAGAGGAAAGCUGGAGAGUUGAAAUGGCAUACAGACUUUGUUGUAAAGAAGGGGAUUUCCCAUUUAAAUACUUGGGAAUCCCUAUUGGUGGAAAUAAUAGAAGAGUAGCAAUGUGGCAGCCAAUGGUUGACUCUUUUAAAAGGAAGUUAACUAGCUGGAAGGGAAGGCAUCUUUCUAUGGGAGGUCGCAUCACGCUCAUAAAUUCAAUGCUAUCUAGUCUGCCUGUGUUCUUGAUGUCAACCUACGUCAUCCCAAAAGAAAACAAAGAGGGUUUGUGGAAGAGCAUAAUUAUUGAGAAGUAUGGUAAAGGAGGUGGUCAUUGGCAGGAUUGGGAUAAAGAACACAGGGCAGCAAGCUCAAUAUGGUGGAGGGAUGUGUGUAGCCUUAAUACAGUGGAUAGGGAAAAUGUGGGAUGGUUGACCGAAGGUUUUAGGAUUAGCAUAGGGGAGGGAAAGGAGAGUACGUGCAAUCAAAUGGGCAAAAACAUAAAUGGAUCAUGGGAGUGGAAUCUAGUAUGGAGGAGAAAAUUGUUCAAUUGGGAAGCUGAAGAGGCCAAACAACUCCAAAGGAUGAUAACGGAUGUGAAGAUUUCACAAGGAAAGCCUGAUGCGUGGGAGUGGGUUCACGACGAGGAUGGUCAUUAUUCAACAAAGACGGCUUACUCAUUGUUGACACAAGAGCAAAGAGGAUCAAGGGGAACUGAAAUCUUUAGAAGAAUAUGGAACCCUCUAUUUCCAAGCAAAGUUUCAGCAUUCAAUUGGCAAUUGGUGCUAGACAGAAUUCCAACAAGGAUGAAUUUGUUAAGAAGAGGGAUUACUAAGGACAUGGAGGAAGGAAGGUGCGCUAUAUGUGGAGAAGCCGAUGAGAAUGCUGGGCAUCUAUUUUUAAAUUGCAAGUGUGCUCAUUGGAUAUGGAAAGCUUGUGCUAAAUGGUGGGGAGCUAAGAUAUCAUUCGGAACAAAUUGCAGGAACACUUUUCAAAAUUUUGGAGCAUGGACCAAGAAUAAACACACUAGAGAAGGAUGGAACUGUAUAUGGAAUACUGUUAUUUGGUCCAUAUGGCCGUCUCGAGACCAGAAAAUAUUUCAAGAUAAAGAGAUAAACCUGGGGAAACUAUUUGAACUCAUUCAACUAAGAUCCUUCCUAUGGAUUAAAGCAACAAAUGACAGGUAUGCCUUCAGUUUAACUGAUUGGCUAAUUAAUCCUAUUGUUUGUUUGAAAGUCACAAAUGGUUCAGGAAGGUUUCAUUGAGAAUUUAAUUGACUAUAGUGUUGUUCUUGAUCUAUGGGGUUAUUUAAGUUAUAAUCAAUGCAUGCUCAAUGA